GCGAAGAACGAUGGGGCGCGUGGUGAUUAUUACGGCGUCAGUGAGUGAGCAGCCUCCGGGAUAGGGGAUGGAGGUCGCUCUGGAAACUUACUUUGGCUGUAGUCUUUAUUUGAGUAGCGGGGUUCAAAAUCCACCGCUCGGCGUCAUAAGCGCUCUGGUUGACCUCGAGGACUCUUUCUCUCUCUUUUUUUCUCUCACCAUAGAAACGUGUUAAUUGGUAACACCUGAACUCUUAAUACGUAACAGAAAAAGUGCAGACUGUGGUGGCCAUAUUGUGGUGAUCAUUCCCAGUUAAAAUGUCUCAUCGGAGUGGGCAAGAGGACCCAGAGCGCUACCUGUUUGUGGACCGGGCUGUGGUUUACAACCCAGCCACACAGGCUGACUGGACGGCCAAGAAGCUAGUGUGGGUCCCCUCCGAGCGCCAUGGCUUUGAGGCGGCGGGUAUCCGAGAAGAGCGUGGCGAGGAAGUGCUAGUAGAGUUGGCAGAGAAUGGUAAAAAGGUGGUGAUCAACAAGGAUGACAUCCAGAAGAUGAACCCACCCAAAUUUAGCAAGGUGGAAGACAUGGCUGAACUCACCUGCCUGAAUGAGGCGUCUGUGCUGCACAACCUGAAGGACCGCUACUACUCUGGACUCAUAUAUACAUACUCUGGGCUUUUCUGCGUGGUCAUCAACCCCUACAAGAACCUGCCCAUCUAUUCAGAGAACAUCAUUGAGAUGUACAGAGGGAAGAAGAGGCAUGAGAUGCCUCCGCACAUUUAUGCCAUCUCUGAAUCAGCAUACCGCUGCAUGCUUCAAGACCGUGAGGACCAAUCAAUUCUUUGCACAGGUGAAUCAGGCGCUGGCAAGACAGAGAACACGAAGAAGGUCAUCCAGUACCUGGCCCACGUUGCCUCCUCACACAAAGGACGCAAAGAUCACAACAUUCCUCCCGAUUCUCCCAAAGCAUUCAAACUACAGGGUGAGUUGGAACGCCAGCUCCUGCAAGCCAACCCCAUCCUUGAAUCUUUUGGCAAUGCCAAGACAGUGAAAAAUGACAACUCAUCUCGCUUUGUGAGUUCACAUUUCUUGUUUAAAUGA